AUGCCGCGAACAUUACCAUGGCUCGCCAACCCAGCUCCACCUGAUCGCAAACCCCGCGCGACACCUACCGCAGUCAAACGCCGCAGAGUUGACACCUCUCCGCCGUCUUCUCCUCCGGAUGUCCUCGAUGAAUUUAUCCGCACACCAGCAGCCGUCGCUCGUCGAGGUGUAACAACAGUUCGCUCGCCUUCAACGUCUCCUCCGCCCGCGCCUCCAAAGCAAGAGUUUAUGCGACCGGGCUGGGAUGCAGAUGAUGGCUGGAGAAUGGUGACGGAUGAGUUUAUGGCAACUGCACAGCUCUUCACCGCACACCUCGCGCACGCAGAAUACAGACGACAGAAAGAGCUGGCUAGGAACAGAGAAAGAGCUUUGGGAGGUGCAGAUGCGAUUGCCAGACCUGUGGUUGGACAGCUGAGCAAAGAUGGACAGAGGAAGAAGUUGGGAGAGUUGCAGAGAGCUGGUGUCAAGGCUCUUAUGAAGGAUGAGGAGGAGCAGGAAGAGGCUGAUCCUUGGGAGGGUACACACCUUGCUAGCUUGAUGAUGAGCCCGAGGAAGAGGGAGAGGCUUCAGCCGGCCAAAGCUGUUGGACGCAGCAGUACCAGAGCUGCUGCUGGCUUUGAUCGAGCACGACCACUGGAUUUGCGAGGAAGACCGCUGCAACGAGAGAAGAGUCCGGAAGUCAAGAAGGAACCAAAGGUCGAAGAAGACACGACUGACGACGAUCUCGACGCUCCCAAGUCAUCCAGGUCUCUGUCUCGUCCACCUGUGACGCCCACACCAAUUCGUCCGAACAACAUCUUCAAACAAUUCGCAAACCCGCGCACCACACAUUCGAACAAUGUCAAGCAGACGUCCCAUCGGCAAUCCUCGUCUACAACCCUCUCAGACCCCUCCGACAGAUCGUCCCAUAAGAAGUGCAAGAGCAUCGACCGCGAGAUCUCUCGACCUGCACCGAAGCGCACAACACGCAAACCCUCUCCAGUAAUGGAAAAGGAGCCAGAGAUCAAGCUAGAGCCGGACUUCGGCUUCCCUUCCAUCCCACAACCUUCUCAGUCUGCGACAUCAGCAGUUGCACGACGCAGAGAAGCUCGAUUGAGACGUGAGCGAGAAGAGAAGAAGAUCAAGACUGAAGAGCAGGAGGUGCAUGAAUUGCCCACAUUUCUUUUCUAG